GGACGUCGGACGCAGAUGGCAGCGACAUCGACAUCGCAAGCAACCGUUUGCGCAAGAAGGGAAGAUCGGGAAGACCGCGCGCACACUCCACACACGGCGCGAACAGCGCGGGAAAUAUCAUUUCAUUUUAGACCCCUUUUGACCUGUCACGUUGCAUACAACUUGUUGGACAUCAUCGGUCAACUUACGUAUGACGUGAACAAGUCGAACUGUUAUGGCUUCUAAACGUAAAAUAAGCCGCAAAAGUGAAUCCUCGGGGGGUAACUUUAAUGUUAACAGUAUGGUUGAAGUGAAGAGAUUACUCACGAGGAACCUUUCAACCCACGGUGCAUGGCAUCUUGUGAAGUCAUACGACAAACAGCGAAGGCAUUUGCACGACCUCGUGUCUAGAGUGAUUGCAUUAGGAGAGAGCAAUACAGUCCUUCUCAUAGGUCCCAGAGGAAGUGGAAAGACUGCGCUUAUACAGAGUGUUAUCGAGGAUGUUUCAACGAAAAGUAGCACGAAGGGCAAUUUCCUUCUUGUGGAACUAAAUGGCUUGGUGCACACAGAUGACCGUACAGCGUUGAAAGACAUGACGAGACAGCUUCAGUUGGAGAAUGUUGUGGGGGACAGGGUUUUUGGCAGCUUCUCUGACAACCUUAGUUUCUUGCUUGAGUCAUUGAAGUCAGGUGGUGACAACAGCAUGCCGAUUAUUUUGAUCAUCGAGGAGUUUGACUUGUUCUGCCAGCACAAGAACCAGACACUGUUGUACAACUUUUUUGAUGUGGCACAGUCAGCACAGGCCCCCAUUGCUGUGAUUGGUGUUACCUGUAGACUAGAUGCUGUGGAACUCCUAGAGAAGAGGGUAAAGUCUCGCUUCUCCCAUAGGCAGUUGCACCUUUUCAACGAUUUCACAUUUGAGGACUUUGUGGACAUAGCAACUGCUCUCAUUUCACUACCAGACAGAACAUCAGAUGUACAGUUGCGGGAUAAUUGGAACGAAUCAGUGAAGGAACUCUUACAAGAAACUUCUGUCCAGGCUGCACUAAAACGUCUAUAUACAACAACAAAAGACAUAAGAAUGCUCAAGCAGCUUCUGUUGCUACCUGUGAAACAGCUCUCAUCAUCCUGCACUCGAAUUGAAGCCUUGCACAUCGUAGAGUCCCAGAAGGCAAUGAUGGUAGACUCGAAAGUCGCCAUGUUGAAGGGCCUCUCCGUGCUGGAGCUCUGUCUCGUAAUUGCUAUGCUUCGUCUUACACAAAUUUAUGAUGGUGAACCUUUCAACUUCGAAAUGGUUUUCAAAGAGUACCAGAAAUUCAUAGAUAGUAGGUCAACCAUGCAAAGUGUAAGCAAGCCUGUACUAAUGAAGGCUCUGCAGCACUUGGAAAUGUUGGAAUUUGUACACCCCACGUCAACUAACACAGCUGCUCAGUAUGAAUACAGGCUCAUGCACCUUCAAAUAGAGCCAGCACAAGUAAAAGAAGUGGUCCUCCGAAGCGCAAACAUGCCUACAGACGUUUCUCAGUGGGCCACAUCUGUUCUCUCUGGUUCGCUUUAAAUUCUCACUGUCACUGUGUUCAUUUCGUAGAAGAUAAUAAAAACCGCAACAAAAUUCA